UGCUCUAAUAUAAUCUUGUGAAAUACCUUUCUUUUUAUCAUCAAUCAUCAUAUCUGUAAUUCUCUAAAAUUGCUCCAACUAUUGUAAAUUCGUAAACUAAGAUGCUGGUAACAAGAUUGAACAAUUUGCGGCGGUUAUGCAAAGUGCCGUGGCGCGGGCUGGCGACGGCUCCGGAAGGGCCGAUAGUGUUCGAGAAGUUAACAGGCGAGGAUAAGGGUAUCGCGGUGUAUGGGCUGAACGCCGGCGCCUCUCGCAACGCGCUGAGCUUCGAUAUGGUUGACGCUAUGCGCGAGGUCAACCAGCUGUUACGGGAGGAUACUAAGAUUUCUGUUGUCAUACUGUACAGUUUGGUGCCUGGGAUAUUCUGCGCUGGUGCAAACUUAAAAGAAAGGUUUAAAAUGUCUGAUGAAGAGGUGGCCAGAUUUGUUCGAAGAUUAAGAGAGACAUUAAUUGAAAUUGAGGACCUUCCAAUGCCAACGAUAGCGGCCAUUGAAGGAGUGGCUGUCGGAGGAGGCUUGGAGUUGGCACUAGCUUGUGACAUCCGUGUGGCUGCAGAUACGGCAAAGUUGGGACUGGUGGAGACAGGCCGGGGACUGAUUCCUGGGGCUGGGGGUACGCAGAGACUGCCCAGGGUCAUCCAUCCUAAUAUAGCUAAGGAGCUUAUCUAUACUUCCAGAAUAAUUAGUGGAGCUGAAGCCAAAGCUCUGGGCAUCGCAAACCAUGUCGUGCCACAGAACAGCAAUAAGAAUGCAGCUUACGAGAAGUCCUUAGAGCUGGCCCGGGAGAUAAUCCCCAACGCUCCGAUAGCACUCCGCUGCGCCAAGCAAGCCAUCAACGAGGGUGUGCAGGGCAGCAUCAAAGACGGCUAUGAGGUGGAACAGAAGUUCUACGAGCGGAACAUUCCUAUGAAAGAUCGGAUUGAGGGCAUGGUGUCGUUCAUUGAGAAGAGGAAACCUGUGUACAGGGGACACUAGAA